AUGGAGCCUAACCACCACGGCUACGGCUACGGCUACAACGACAGCAACAAUGGAUCCUAUACAAAUGAUGACAACCCAUGCUACUACGGCAUGAGCUAUGCCACUUCCGAGCCCUCCUCCUAUGGCUACCAAUACCAGCAGUCUUCUUCUACCAAGCCUCAGUCCUCCUACGACAACCACUACCACCACCAGUACGACAUGAGCAACUCCUCCUCCUCCUCCUCUGCGGCCCCGUCCUACGCCGCCUACGACGACAUUGCCCCUUACGCGCAGGAGCAACACCCGAACUACCUUAAUUUCGGCGGCGGCAGCUAUCAGUACGAUGGCGCCGCGAGUACCAUGGGCAUGGGCGUGGACAUGGACCAGUUCAGUGCGCUCAUGGAGGCCACGUCCAUCUCACCUGCUGCACCAUGCUGGGCGGAGGAGCAGGAGGCAAUGAAGGCCAAGGCGGAGCCUCCGCAGCUGAUCGGCGUGCGGAGGCGGCCGUGGGGCAAGUACGCGGCCGAGAUCCGGGACUCCACUCGCAGCGGCGAGCGCGUGUGGCUGGGCACCUUCGACACCCCCGAGGCCGCCGGGCUGGCCUACGACCAGGCGGCCUACACGUCGCGCGGAACUGCGGCCGUGCUCAACUUCCCGGUGGAGCGAGUCCGGGAGUCACUGCGCGUGCUGAAGCUCGGCGAAGCCGCGGCUGCGGGGGAGGACGACUCGCCCGUGCUGGCGCUCAAGAGGCGCCACUGCAUCCGGAAGCGCACUCCCAAGAGCAAGGGCCAGGAGGGUGACAUGAAGAAGAAGCAACCUGCUGCUGCUGCUGCUGCAUCGAGCGUGCUGGAGCUGGAGGACCUUGGAGUAGAAUACUUGGAAGAGCUGCUCGCAUUGUCCGAGCAGUGGUCGAAUGAAUGAUCCAUGACGUUUGCUUGGCUGGCUCUCAUCGUUCAUGAUCGUGCUCUAGUACUACUAGCCCC